UGCUAGAUUUAAAUCAUAUAAUCUUUAAUUGUGAACUUAAUAAAUACCAUACAAAAGCACUCAUCGCUAGACUUCAAGAGCAGAAUAAAAUGGCUGUUCCCCAAAGAUGUGUCCGUUUUGUAAAUUUAACCAAAGGAACAACCCCAAGGGAAUUAAUACAACAUAUAGAGACCGAUAUCUCGUUAAAAGACAAGAUCGAAAAGGUUCAUAUGGGUAUGGAUUACCGUUUACAGUUAGUAUUUGCCUACGUCAUAUUUAAAUGCCAUGAGGGCGCAUCACGUGUGGUUGGAAACUUGAAUAAAACUACUUGGAACGAUCUUUCCCUAAAUGUCGAAACCAUUGGUCCGGAUCUCGAAUACACUGUGUAUCAUACCAAGGCGAUACCUCAACCUCAAGAAAGUUCUGAAAUCAAAAGACCAAAAGUUAAACUGAAUCCAAAGACUUCGGUGAAAAAAAGACAAGACAAGACAAAGACAAGUAAAGUCAUAGAAAAGUCGACUUAAUUCAAAUGAAAUAUUUAAAAUAUUGAAAGAUUUAUGUAAGUGUUUAUUUAAUGGUAGGUAUUUUUUAUGUACACAUACUCGUUGAAUAAUUAGUUAUGUGUAGGUAUCUGUUGUGAAUAAAAUAAUAUUGA